AUGAGCUCCCAAAAGAAAGUUGCUGUUAUUGUUACCAGCACUCGAACCCCCAGAGUCGGGCCAAGAGUAGCAGAUCUUGUUACAAGCAUCAUCUCCCCAGACGCGGCUCAAAACAAUAUCGAUCUUGCCUCUGUCGAUGUUGCCAAAUUCAACCUGCCCAUCUACGACGAACGUGUCAUUCCAGCUCAGGUGCCCGCCAUCGCCCAGUACGAGCAUGCCCACAGCAUUGCCUGGAGCAAAGAAAUCUCCCAGUACGACGCCUACAUUCUGGUAAUUCCUGAGUACAAUGCAGGAAUGGCUGCUGCCACGAAGAACGCCAUUGAUUAUCUGUACCACGAGUGGAUUGGCAAGCCAGUGGCUGUCGUCAGCUACGGCAUUAUGGGCGGAAAAUCUGCAUCAGCGCAAGUGAAGCAGACGCUAGAAGGCAUGAGACUCCGCGUCGCAGCCACACGGCCGGCGCUCCCCUUCUCAGGCGGAGCCGGGCCGGACCUUGCGACAGCGAUGGGAGACGGCGAGAUUGGCGAGCAAUCGCGGAAAGCUGCUUUGGGCGCAGCUGCAACAUCAGCCCAGCUCCGUCUGCCAUUCAAACGGCAGUCUUAUCCUCAUUCAACCAGUGGCAGCCAAGAAUUGAGUAAUGGGCGUCGUUCCAUCUCAGAAGUUGACUUCUUCACCGCCGAAAACGCUUACUUGGUCAACGUCACUCUCGGCACCCCCCCUCAGGAUCUAUCGGUGUUACUCACAGUACAACAAGCAGAAACAUGGGUUCCCAAUCAAUUAACCUGCGACCUUCCAAGUUACUCGGUCAAAUAUGGCUCGUGCAAAUAUAGUUCAUUCAUGGCCAAAAACUCAUCGAGCUAUGUGAACCCUGGCGAUGAAGAUUUUAAGGCCAUCAUUCCGGAGGGCUACGCCUAUGGCAAGAUUAUGAAAGAAACGUUGAGCAUCGGCGGCUUCAAGCUACCCAACUUUGAAAUGGGACUCGCCGAUAGGGCUAAUUCUUAUAUUGGCACUUUGGGGCUCGCCUCCAAUACGACCGCUUACGAUCGGCUGUACCCGUCCAACCCGACAAGGGGUAAAUACACCCCAACUUUUCUUGAACGGUUGCUCACCGACGGUGGAAUCAAUUCGACAGCAUACAGUCUCUGGCUCGAUGACGACUCUGGAGAUUCCGGAAACCUCCUCCUCGGCGCCAUUUAG